GACCUGUAGGAGGAGAAAACCUGACAGUUAAAGGAGGUCGAGCCGUUAAAGCGUGGAUAUGGGGUUGAGCUGUUAAAAAAAGCGCACCCUCCAAAGUUGACUGACUCGUCGCAUAAGAUAGGAUUCCGCCCACAAGAAAGAUGGCGGCUCCCUUGCUGGAGAAACUGUCGGAGUCUUUAGGUUCGCCGGAGCCAGCGAUUCGCCUCAUCUUAUCGGUUUUAAUCGGGUAUCCCUUCGCCCUGGUGUAUCGUUGGUUCCUUUUCUACCAGCCCACCACAGUUAUCCACUUGUUCCACAUUUGUUCUGGCUUGGCGCUAGCAGCAUUCAACUUUGCAGGCUCCCAGCUGUAUCACUCCACAGUAUGCGUCUUCGUCCAGUUUCUGAUGCUGAGGCUCAUGGGGAGGACGGUAACGGGCGUCCUGAGCAGUUUUACAUUUCAAAUGCUGUACUUGCUGUCGGGAUACUACUACACAGCAACAGAGGAGUAUGACAUCAAGUGGACGAUGCCUCAUUGUGUCCUUACACUGAAACUCAUCGGUUUGGCAUUUGAUUUCUACGAUGGCGGCAAAGAACCAUCGCAGCUGAGCGCCGAUCAGGCGAAAGCCGCUCUGCCAUCAGUUCCCACGCUGCUCGAGGUCUUCGGGUUUUCCUACUUCUACGGUGGGUUCCUGGUGGGCCCCCAGUUCACGAUGCGCAACUACCAGAAGCUGGUGUCGAGGGAGCUCACCGACUGCCCCGGAAAGCCUCCCAACAGUGUUGUUCCAGCUCUGAAGAGGUUUGCUCUGGGCUUUCUCUGCCUGGCGAUACAUGCAAUAUUUAGUCCUUUUUUUCCAGACACCUACCUUUUGACAGAUGAGUACGAGGCUCAGCCUUUUUGGUACCGCUGUGUUUUUAUUCUGCUUUGGGGCAAAGUUAUGCUGUAUAAAUACGUCAGCUGUUGGGUUAUAGCGGAGGGUGUUUGUAUAUUAGCUGGUCUUGGCUACAACGGCGUAGUCAAUGGUAAACAUCAAUGGGACGCCUGUGCCAAUAUGAAGGUGUGGCUCUUUGAGACGACGCCCCUUUUUGGAGGAACAAUUGCGUCUUUCAACAUCAACACAAACGCCUGGGCUGCGAGACAUGUGUUCAAGCGGUUGAAGUUCCUGGGAAAUAAGACCUUGUCUCAUGUGGCCACGUUGCUCUUCUUAACCAUUUGGCACGGCCUUCACUCUGGAUACAUCCUGUGCUUCUCCAUGGAGUUUUUCAUCAUCACUGUAGAGCGGCAGGCCCAGGCUCUCGUGCUGGACAGUCCCCUGCUGACAAGCCUGGCCAGCAGCCACUUCUACCCCUUCGUCUACGUAGUUCAGCAGUUUAUCCACUGGCUCUUCAUGGGGUAUCCUCUGGUGCCAUUCUGCCUUUUCACCUAUGACAAAUGGCUCAAGGUGUAUUCUUCCAUCUACUUCUGUGGUCACCUGUUCUUCCUCGUGGUUUAUUUAAUUCUGCCAUUCCUCCGUAUAACUCUGGUGCCUAAGCAGGACCGGAGAGAGAAGAAACAAGACUGAAACCCAGUUCUGACACUUGGAAAGGUCCGUUCAAGGCUGAAAUUCCUCGACCCUGAAAGGGAACUGUGGCGUUCGGGGAGCAGAACACAAGCUAUUUUAAGGCCUUUAGUAAUAUAUAAAUAUGAAUAUAUGUUGAUGUAAAAACAAA